GACUCGAUCGCGUAAAUACAUUAAUCUUCGAAUGUUAGUGCUUAUGCGCCUCGGCCCAGCUAAAUAGUCGCACGAACGUUCAAUAUUAAAACGGCCGUCGGUGCUGGUUAUGCGAGACAGUCUAAAUUUGAGCGGCCACUGGGAAGCAUGUUCGUUCGUGUUUUGCGACAACAGUUCGAAAUGUUAUGCGAAGCGGCGUGAUUAGUUUAAGUUGUUGAUGCUAAUUAUCGUUUUCGGUGAAAGCUCAGUCGUCGCGAGGGAAAAGUGCGAUUUAUCUCCUUGAAUGGCAUAUGUUAUGUAUUGUGGUUUAUACGCAAGAAGUGUACAGUGAAGUGACUUAUUAGUAUCAAAUUAUAUCACAUGAGCGUUGCUGCGGGUAGCUUAGUAUAGUGUAUGUCAAGCUAUAACAUUGAGAACGCUGCAUUUUAGAGGUUGAUUGGUAAAAGAAGGUGCUUAGAUAACCUUAUCGGCCAGCCAAGAUGCGAUUUGUCUAAGCUGUGAUCAUCGGCCUGCCAUUCAAAGAUCUAGUGUUUCUCUGAUCGGUGCACUGUGGAUUAAUCAUUUUCGGCAUGGGGAAAUCGGUAUAUACUAUCAAUCCGGACAGCCCCAGUGUAAAUGGAAAUGCAGUUGAGGUCAAAAAUGGCAUCUUGUCAACGACGACGGGAGAGAAUAAUCCCAAACCGGAAGUGGGAAAAUUUCGAACCGUUCUGCCACAAAUUUUGGCUAGUACGGCCAAAAAUUUCCUCUUGUUUGAUUUGGGAAUGGCGGUAGCGUUCCCUACUAUUGUGAUUCCUGCCCUACGUGGAUUAAAGAACCGUGCCCCAGAUGAAUUCCUCUACUUCACACCAGCACAGGCGUCCUGGUUUGGGAGCGUGGCUUAUAUUUGUCAACCGAUUGGCAGUGUCCUUUCGGGAAUUGUUUUGGAACCAUUGGGACGCAAGAGGUCGAUGAUUUUGGUGAACAUUCCUCACAUUAUUGGUUGGUUGAUGUUACAUUUUGCUGGGUCGCUGGAAGAAAUGUAUACCGCAGCUGUGCUGCUUGGUUUAGGUGUAGGAUUUAUGGAAGCUCCUAUUGUUACCUAUGUUGGUGAGAUAUGCCAACCAUCGAUACGCGGAAUUCUUACAUCCUGCGCUGGCGUAGCUGUGAUGUUGGGUUUCUUCGUUGUAUAUUUGCUCGGAACGGUAACCACGUGGCGCAUAACUGCUGCCAUCUGUGUGUCAGUUCCACUGGCGACCAUGAUCGCUAUUUGCUUCGUACCGGAAACCCCCAUGUGGUUGCUGUCGAAGGAUCGCAAGGAAGAUGCUCGUAAGUCCCUGCAGUGGCUAAGAGGUUGGGUCUCACCGCAAGCUGUGGAGAAAGAAUUUCAGGAAAUGCAGCGAUAUAGCGCCAAUGCGGCUAAAUGUACAUCGUGCCAAAAGACACAAGCUGUAGAGUGUGGUCACCCUCCGCCAUCCGAAUGGAUGAAGCUGCAGGAACUGAUGCGAAAACGUAAUCUCAGGCCUUUUGUGCUGGUUAUGCUGCUGUUCGCGUUUGGACAGCUGAGCGGAUUGACGGGCAUGCGGCCGUAUUUGGUACAGAUUUUUCAAGCAUAUGGAGUGCCAUUAGAUGCCAACUGGGCCACGGUGUCAAUGGGUUUGCUAGGACUGUUGGCUAAUAUUGUCUGCAUGAUAUUCAUCAAAUUUGUGGGUAAACGGAGAUUGGCAUUAUUUUCAAUGUCAGUAACGGCACUAUCAUGUUUAUCGUUGGCGAUUUAUGCUUUCCAUGUGUUCCCGGCCGGAUGGACAUCCUUCGAUGUACAUAAGGAAGUGAACACUGCCAAUGGUUUAAAUUAUGUACCAAUGCUACUGUUUUUCCUUUUGGGAUUCGCUACCAGUGUUGGAGUUUUGCCUGUCCCUUGGAUAUUGCUGAGCGAGGUGUUUCCCUUCAAAAACCGGAGUCUAGCUUGCGGAAUUACUGCAGCUCUCAACUACGUCAUGACAUUCGUAACGACUAAAACCUACUUCAAUCUCGAAAGUGCAUUCUCAUUACCGGGUGUGAUAUUGUUUUACGGUAUUUGUGGAAGCAUUGGUGCUCUGUUUGUGUACUUUUUCUUGCCUGAAACAGAAAAAAGAACCUUGGAAGACAUCGAAAUAUACUUUUCCGACAAUAAAAGAAAAUUGACGGAUAUUCACAUUGAGCGGUUUAGUAACCAGCAGAAGACAGAAAAAUCGUCUGCUUCUAGGCAGGGAAUAGAAAAUGCUGCUUUCAACGAAAGUGAAAAAUAAAGACAGAAUCUAUUUACAUACACUAUUUUAUUCAAAAAUUUAUAGUUCUAGUGGCCAUAUCGAAUAAAAAGAAAACAUACAUCUCGG